AUGUCGACCGCGAAGCCCAGCUAUGCAAAAGCUGACCCGAUCCUCCUCACGCUCUUCGCAAAUCGUUUCAUGAGCGUCGCGGAGGCGAUGGGCCGCUCGUUGCAGCAGACUGCAAUCAGUACGAACAUCAAAGAGAGGCUCGACUUCUCCUGUGCCCUGUUCGCACCGGAUGGCGACUUGGUCGCUAACGCGCCGUUUAUCCCGAUUCACUUGGGUUCCAUGAUGAGGUACCAGAUGAACUUGCACCGCAACGACCUCAAGCCCGGAGAUGUGAUCAUGACCAACUCGCCUUAUGUUGGUGGCUCUCACCUACCAGACAUCACGAUAAUCAGUCCUGUGUUCGAUACAAAGACAAACGAGAUCAUCUUCUUCACUGCGUCACGCGGACAUCAUGCUGACAUUGGUGGUAUCUUGCCUGGAUCGAUGCCUCCAACAUCUACGAAUUUGUUCCAAGAAGGCGCGAACAUCGAAAGCUUCAAGAUUGUCAGCGCAGGAAUGUAUGACCAUGAUGGCUUGGUGGAUUACAUGGUCGACCAGCCGGCGAAGUAUCCAGGUAGUUCCGGCUGUAGAAAUAUCAAAGAUGUCGAGAGCGACCUCAAAGCGCAAAUUGCCGCCAACCACAAGGGCAUUCAACUUAUACACGCUAUUGUGGAUGACUAUGGGCUGGAGACCGUCCAGGAAUAUAUGUAUCACAUCCGCGCCAAUGCCGAAGCGUCCGUGCGCAGUCUGCUGAAGGAUGUCGUGAAGCGUGCGGGAUCGAACGUCCUGGAAGCGAUCGACUACCUCGACGACGGCUCGCCAAUUCAACUACACGUGCAAAUCAACGAGCAGAACGGAUCUGCAGUUUUUGACUUCGCCGGUACAGGCUGUGAGAUCCGGGGAAACCUGAACGCGCCGGUUUCGGUUGUGCACUCGGCCGUGAUAUACUGUAUGCGUGCGAUGCUCAACAUGGAUAUCCCGCUCAAUGCGGGCUGUCUCGUCCCAAUCACGAUUAAAAUCCCCGACGGCUCACUGCUCUCACCGUCUCGCACGGCGGCGGUCUGUGGAGGGAACGUGUUGACCUCGCAGCGAUUGGUGGACGUAGUGCUCAAGGCGUUCCAUGCGUGCGCGGCUAGCCAGGGAUGCACAAAUAACUUGACGUUUGGAGCUGGGGGAAAGGAUGAAAAUGGGAACAACGUAAUUGGGUGGGGAUACUACGAGACGAUUGCCGGAGGUUCGGGCGCAGGGCCUGGCUGGCACGGCACAUCGGGUGUGCACACGCAUAUUACUAAUACACGAAUCGGUGAUGUCGAGAUUCUCGAGCGCCGCUACCCUGUAUUAGUUCACCAGUUCAGCAUCCGGGAGAAUUCCGGCGGUAAAGGCAAGUGGAAGGGCGGAGACGGUGUCGUCCGGGAGCUCGAAUUUACGCAGGGAUUGCAGGUCUCGAUUCUGUCAGAGAGACGUACGCGCCAGCCAUACGGUCUCGAAGGCGGAGGGCCGGGAGCGCUUGGCCGAAACACUUGGGUGAAGCAGUCGCGCAAGGAAGACGGCGACUUGCCUGAAAGUAAGAAUGGUACGCCACAGCCGCUACAGCCGAGGAAGAUCAACAUCGGCGGCAAGGCAACAGUGUGGAUGGGCAAGGGUGACAGGCUUUUGAUUGAAACGCCUGGUGCAGGCGCCUGGGGUUCCCCGGACCCAGAUGCUGGGAACACUGCGGAAGACCAUAGCCAUGUCAAGGCGUGGGCCCCACGGGGCAGUCUUGCGGAACGGGAGGCAGCGCAGGCUGGGUUCUAA